UGCUGGUGGCGGCAGCUCCGCUGUACUCAAUAGGAGAGGCCCGAACUUGGCCCAGCAAGCGCAUUUGUGUUUAGCAACGCCGCAAGCGAGGCAGCUACUGGGAAAGUUUGGGUGUGAAAUCGUCCCUCUAGAAUCUUGUGGCAAUGUCCAAACCUGUUCCGGUUGCUUUGGGCUGCGAACCAGUCGUGGGUUCCUUGACAUCUUCGAGGAAGAGGGACUACAAGGUCACGAAUCGCCUCCAAGAGGGCAAGCGCCCUUUAUACGCCGUCGUUUUCAACUUCAUUGACUCCUGCUACUUCAACGUUUUUGCUACCGUCGGUGGCAAUAGGGUUACUGUUUAUCAAUGUCUUGAAGGAGGAGUUAUAGCUGUUUUGCAGUCAUACGUUGAUGAGGAUAAGGAUGAGUCUUUUUACACUGUAAGUUGGGCAUGUAACAUUGAUGGGACCCCAUAUGUAGUUGCUGGGGGAUUCAAUGGUAUAAUCCGAGUAAUUGAUGCUGGCAGUGAGAAGAUACACAAGAGUUUUGUUGGCCAUGGGGACUCCAUAAAUGAAAUCAGGACUCAGCCAUUGAAGCCAUCACUUGUGGUGUCUGCAAGCAAAGAUGAGUCUGUUCGAUUAUGGAAUGUACAUACGGGAAUAUGUAUUUUGAUAUUUGCUGGUGCUGGAGGUCAUCGCAAUGAAGUUCUGAGUGUAGACUUUCAUCCAUCAGACAUAUAUCGAAUUGCAAGUUGUGGCAUGGACAAUACUGUGAAGAUUUGGUCAAUGAAGGAGUUCUGGACUUAUGUAGAGAAAUCAUUUACGUGGACAGAUCUUCCUUCUAAGUUCCCCACAAAAUAUGUGCAGUUUCCCGUGUUCAUUGCUUCGGUUCAUACAAAUUACGUUGACUGUAAUAGGUGGCUUGGUGAUUUUAUCCUCUCAAAGAGUGUUGACAACGAAAUUGUCUUGUGGGAACCUAAAGUAAAGGAACAGACUCCAGGGGAGGGUGUAGCUGACAUCCUUCAGAAAUACCCAGUUCCUGAGUGUGAUAUAUGGUUCAUCAAGUUUUCUUGCGAUUUCCAUUACAAUGCAGCUGCGAUUGGUAUUUUGCCCUUUUUGCGUAUCAGGGAACAGGGAGGGAAGAUUUUUGUUUGGGAAUUGCAGUCAAGCCCUCCUGUUCUCGUUGCAAGGUUGUCUCAUGCUCAAUCAAAAUCGCCUAUUAGACAAACUGCUAUGUCUUAUGAUGGAAGCACUAUUUUGAGCUGCUGUGAAGAUGGGACUAUAUGGCGUUGGGAUGCUGUCGCGAAUUCCGCAACCUAGCUGGUAUUCACAUGAUCCAAUCUUGUGAGCUCCAUAAGAGCUUUAAUUUGAAGCAGAUUUGGUAUGACCAAUCACUGACACGAGGAACAUAGGUUACUUUGCCUUUACACAGUAAUUAUAUGUUAAUGCUGAUUUAGUUGUAUGUCAUAUUGCGACACUUAAUUGAGUUUGUGUUGUAACCUUUUCUGUGACUGGAGUGAUAUCAGGAUAGAGUUAGAUACUUAGAUGUGGUUGCUGGUGGUUGGGAUGCUGUCAAUUUUUCUUGUUAUGCAUGCUAAACAUGGCUCUACAUGCCUUCCUGUUAACGUUGAUCACCAUCGGAUCAAUGAAUAGCAUGUUGCAUAUGGAAAGUUUACGGUCAGCAUAUUUUACCGUUGAAAAUGAAUUUGAUGGAUGCCUUUAAUCAUGGUA